CUGACAGCCGGGAACGAGGUUAUUGCCUAACUUGCAAUGUAGCAGUUUGCGAUUGGUUGUUCGGCAAAAACCCGGAAGUAUUCACGUGUUCAAAACUAAACACGUGUGUUCUGUAACAAGUAAACUCUGAAGCGAAAAUAGGUGAACAUUGAGAUGUCAUUUUGGCGGUGUCUUGGAGCAGUGAACGUCCUCAGUCGCAGGGGAACGCUUCAGGUCGUGCACGUUCCACGGAGGUGGAAGAAAACCAAGAAAAAAUGGCAAACAAUUCAGACACAGCGGAAGUCAGAGCCUUCCUUUCAUGCACUGCGUCACUUUGACGAGAACUACCGCCACCAGUUUGGAGACGCUUGGCCCUCCAUCCGACUUGGCCUGCUCUCCCCACAGAAGUACGGUGCUCUUGUCAACAACUACGGCAUCGCGGAAGAAACGGAAGAGUUCCUGCAGUCGCUCGGAGCAGAGGACUUCAUUCAGCCGGCUGCAAGGGAGUUAUUGAAGAAGAUGAUGGUGGAUCAGAGCGUUCUUGAAGAUGCUCUGAUGUCAGAAUCAGAGGAUGCCUCAGACUCCAGCUCUGAAUCAUCAGAUGAAGAGAGCAAUAUUGGUAUCUCCAGUUUGUCGGACGACACUCUGCAAAAUUCAGAACAUAGUGGUCAGAUGAAUCCAAUUGAGGAUUUUACAAAACUUCAGACGAAAUCGGAGACAGGUCAACCCAAGAGACCAUGGGACGAGAAGUACAUUGUGAUGCCUGGAUACGAGGCUAAGAUGGAGUAUCUGAUGAGUGCAGAUGCUGUCGGGCACAGAGAGUUAGACUCCGCUCAAACCGUCCAGGAGAUGGACUUGGAGCAUAUACAUAGGCCGCUGACAAUAAGUCAACAUUUGAAGUGUUUUGUGUAUGGAAGCGGGAGUCUGGAGCGUUUCCCGCCGUCAAAGAUGGACUCUGGAGGGCUCUUUCUGCAGUAUUACGCAAUGGAUGCCGCGUCCGUUUUGCCAGUGAUUGCGCUGGAUGUCAGGCCCAGGGACUUGGUACUAGACUUGUGUGCAGCCCCUGGUGGCAAAGCGCUGGCUAUCAUGCAGACCAUGCUGGCAGACGGCUUGGUCGCCAACGAACCCGAGGCUCCUCGCAGACGACGACUCCAAAACGUCCUGCGGCAGUACGUUGGCUUUGACCGACAGAGUAGCAGUGAAGUGUUGCGAAUCACAACAGAGGACGGGCGACGGUGGGGGGAGAUGGAACCAGACACGUAUGAUAAGGUCUUAGUUGAUGUUCCCUGCACCACAGAUCGGCUGUCGGUCACCAACAACGACAACAGCAUCUUUGCCGUCAGUAGGACCAAUGAGCGGUGGGAACUCCCAAAACUCCAAAGUGAACUUCUCUGUGCUGGGCUGAAGGCUGUGAAGCCCGGUGGCGAUGUUGUCUACUCCACGUGCUCCCUCUCGCAGCAGCAGAACGAUGCCGUCGUAGAGAGCGCCCUCUAUCAUUGCCAGUCUGAAACCAACAUGGAGGUUGCUGUAGUUGACCUUUCACCCCUGACCCAGUGCUUGGGUCACGUAUUCAAAUUCUGGGACAGAGCAAAACACGGACAGCUGGUUCUGCCAAAUGUGAACAAAAAUUUUGGUCCGAUGUAUUUUUGUAAAUUACACCGAGUAAGGUAGCAACGAGGAGUUUUUCAUUUUUCAAUGUGCAGUGAUAUGUUGUGUUUUGAUUAUUGCAAGUAUUUCAACUGUUCCAUUUUAAAACUUAAUUUUUACAAAGUUGAUUUUCUGUUUGUGCUUAUCUUUUAAAGGUCAUAUACAGUGAAGUCUCGAUAAGUCCUGUUCUCAAGAGAACAGGUUCAAAAUUUGAUUUAAGCAGAGUUUUGAGUUAAGCAGGGUUGUGUAUCAUUUUUAUAUUAAUGAAGGCAAUUGAUUCAUUGUUUGCCUUAACAGUUGUUUUGAGUUAUCAGAGUUUGACUUAUCGAGAUUUCACUGAAGUCACAUUGGGAAAAAUCAUUUCAAUUAUUUCCUUUUGUUUCAGGCAAUGUUGUUAAUUUCUUGAUGUGCUCAGAGUGGAUAUUCUUUUUUCAUUGGUCCUUUGCCUUCUCGGCGUUGAAUUAUUGCGUUGUUUAUUUUUUGGUUUUUUUUAAACUGCCUUUAUGAGAAUUAAAAUCAUGAUAUUCUUACAUCUCUUUUGACAAUAAAAAUUGCUUUAAAAUUGCAUGGAAAAA